CGCAUUUGUGUUACCCACCACUCUACAGUAAGUUAAUCAAUCGCAUUCGUUAAAAUUCACGAAAUUUAUAAAAGAUAGGGUUAGAGUAGGCACCAAUGACUGACUACAGUUGUACUGUCGAUUUAUGUUACAUGUUUAAAAUACGUGUGAAUUUAUAAAAACAAAUUCCAUGUAAACAUUUACUCGCACCUAUCUUACCUAGAACCCUUGUCAUUUGACUCUUCUGUAUUGUUUAACCCAAUAUACGACAAGAAGACCUAAACCUAGUGUAUUUGUUUCUGUUUACCCUAUUAUAUAGCCGUCUCUUUCAUUGUUUGUAAAACCUAAAAAUUCAUAGUAAUAAGGAAAAUUUUACUAUAUACAUACGCACGGAGUUCAUCUCAGUACAUAAGUAGCCUCUACGCCAUAAACUUCUGAAUGGUGGCAGAAAAAAUAGUUGUAAUUGUGAAAAUAUAAGAACGGGAACAAAAAUUAAAAAGCAAUUGCCCAAUCAUCACGCACCAUCUGAAGACGAAGAAGUUUGCAGACAAACGGAGUCGAUGUUACAGAAUAAACGACAACUAAAUUCAGCAAACAAAUCAAGCCAAGGAUAAGAUGUGUUCAGUUGAAAAAUGUUGCUAUUGCCUGCCACUGGACUUGGCCUGCAUCAUCAUAGGAAUCGUCAGCUUGAUCUUCUCCGGCGUAUUGACAGUAGUCUCCAUCGUGUUCCUCUCACUGGAUAUCAGAACAGAUUUCCAGUUGGAGUCGAACCCAGCUGUUGCCACUGAUCAACACAAACUCCAAAGCUUGCUGAACAUCAGUAUCUCUGUGGAAGCUAUAAGAAUCGUGCUUUGCGUGAUUUUGGCUGUGAGCGCGUUGGCUACGGUCGCUUCUGUUUCUUUGAUGAUUGGAUUACAAAAGAGACGAUCCGGGUUUGUGUUGUUCUACUUCGGCUACUGGGUGUUCUUGACCAUCGUCUUAAUGCUGGGAGGCAUUCUGGUCCUGAUCGAGAAACAUUGGGCCAUGGCUUUACUGCUUUUUGGCGCAUCUUUGAUCCUAAUCCACAUGUUGGUGGUGGUGAAUGCUGUGUACGACGGCCUGCAGCGCGGAAAGGUCUUCGGUAUCAGCCCCCAUCGCAGACUAAGCGAGGACACCGACGCCCUUACUACUAGCAUGCACCACUGAUAUUUAUAUUCAGAAGAUUCUUUUUCGUAUUUACAGAAAUCGAGACUGACGUUCGUGACUCAGUAAUAGGUUUUGACAAUCUUAUUAAAUUUAUAUACAAUUUAUACGAAAACGUUAUUCGAAUAACCGCUGUGCCAUAAUUGAAUAGCUAUUGUUCUUAAUGGUAAAAUUAC